AUGCUUACUCCUAUCCUAAUUGCUUCUUUCUUUUCAUUGAUUAAUGCUGCAUCUAUAUCCUCCUCUCAGCCCGCUGUACUAGGCCCCCAGACCACAAUAACCAUAGGUAAUAAUGUUAUCGCUCCCGAUGGCUUCGAACGCUCAGCGACUCUCGUCAAUGGCAUAUUCCCUGGACCCUUGAUUGCAGCCCAGAAGGGAGAUAACUUCUCCAUUCAGGUAGUCAACGAGCUCACAGACGAGACGAUGUUCAAGAGCACCAGUGUCCACUGGCACGGUAUCUUCCAAAAUGGGACGAACUACGCCGACGGGACAUCCUUCGUCACACAAUGUCCGAUUGCACAGAACCAAUCUUUUACUCACAACUUCUCCGCCCCGAACCAAGCAGGUACUUACUGGUAUCACAGUCAUUACUCCGUCCAAUAUUGCGAUGGUUUGAGGGGAGCCCUGGUUAUCUAUGACCCUGAUGACCCUUUGGCAUACAUGUAUGAUGUCGACAAUGCAAGUACCGUAAUCACACUUUCCGACUGGUAUCACGUUGUAGCCCCUGUCUUGCGCCACAUUAUAGGUACCGACGCCAACUCUUCGCUUAUCAACGGACUGGGUCGUUAUGCAGGCGGACCCGCGUCUGAUCUGGCUGUGAUCAACGUCGAACAGGGAAAGCGAUACCGCCUGCGACUGGUUGCAAUGUCCUGCGACCCCAAUUUCAAUUUCACCAUCGAUGGCCACAACUUCACCAUCAUCGAAGCAGAUGGACAGCUGACCGAACCACUACCUGUAGAUCAGCUCCAGAUUCUUGCGGGUCAGCGCUACUCUGUGGUUCUGGUAGCCAAUCAGCCUGUGGAUAACUAUUGGAUACGCAGUCUUCCUAGUUUGGCGGGUGCAUCCUUCGAAGGGGGAACGAACUCUGCUAUAUUGCGCUACCAAGGCGCCCCGCAGGUCGACCCGACCACGGUCCAAACGCCAAUCCAGGACCCAUUGGUAGAGACCAACUUACAUGCUCUAAUCAAUCCCGGUGCUCCUGGCAUUCCAGGGUACGGGAACGCAGAUAUCAACCUCGACCUUCAGAUUACCUCUGUUGGCGGAUUCUUCUCUGUCAAUAAUGUCACAUUCGAACCGCCCACCGUUCCUGUUCUACAACAAAUUCUCAGUGGAGUAAAUCCAUAUAAUCUACUUCCAAACGGGAGUGUGAUCCCUCUAAAAGCCAACCAAGUGGUGGAGUUGACAAUGAAAAUAGUAUCUGGUCCAGGUGGACCCCAUCCCAUACAUCUUCAUGGGCACUCAUUCGAUGUCGUACAGAGCGCACAAAGUAGUACCUUCAAUUAUGUGAACCCAAUGGUGAUACGAUGGACGACCGACAAUUCUGGCCCGUGGUUCUUGCAUUGUCACAUUGACUGGCACCUUGAUGCCGGUUUUGCAGUGGUAAUGGCGGAAAGCCCCUCAGAUACCGCCUGCACAUCAUUUCCAUGGCUGAACUGCUUUACAGAGGAAUGGUAUGAGUUGUGUCCGACCUUUGACUCUUUAACACCUACCCAGUUGGGGGGUGGGGGUCGCUUCGCCUAUGAAGAAGCAGCUAGUAUCACCACUCAGGCUCUUCUUUUCCCACCAUCACCACUCCCUUAA